AUGCAGCAGGGCGCGGGCGCGGGCGCGGGGGCGGGGGCGGAGCCCACGGUGCGGGUGCAGCAGGGCGUGCUGCGCGGCCGGCGCGCCACCGCCAAGUUCGGCGGCGCCUACUUCAGCUUCCAGGGCGUGCCCUACGCGCGCCCACCGCUCGGCGACCUGCGCUUCGAGCCCCCACAGCCUCCAGAGUCAUGGCAGGGAGUAAAAGAUGCUCUCCAAGAAGGGUCUGUUUGUCCCCAUAGAGACUGGAUUCAAGGACUCGGGUUCCGAGGGGAUGAGGACUGUCUAUUCCUUAAUGUUUAUACAUCGCAAUUGCCCACAAAAGAGGAGUCAACGAAGAAACCUGUGAUGGUAUGGAUCCACGGUGGAGGAUAUUACAUAGGCUCUGGAAAUACUGAUAUGUAUGGUCCAGAUUAUCUUGUUGAAAGUGGUGUUGUAGUUGUUACAAUGAAUUACCGACUUGGAGCAUUAGGCUUUCUGAGUUUAGAAGAUGAGUCUUACCCUGGCAAUAUGGGCUUGAGAGAUCAGGUAGCCGCCUUGUUAUGGGUGAAAGACAAUAUUGCUCAAUUUGGUGGUGAUCCCGAUAACAUCACAUUAUUCGGAGAAAGUGCUGGAGCUUCAUGUGUACAAUUGCAUAUGAUGUCACCAAUGUCAAAAGGCUUAUUUCACAAAGCUAUUGCUCAAAGUGGCUCAGUUUUUAAUCCAUGGGGAAUGACAUCUUCCUCUUUAAGAACCAGAGCAUUCAAGCUCGGUGAGCUACUUGGCUGUAAGACUUCCGAUGCAAGUGAGCUGAUUAAUUUCUUGAAGAAAGUGUCGCCUAAAGAUUUAGUUGAAGGUUCUGCAAAGACAAUCUCAAAAGAGGAAAGACGACGAGGAGAUGUGUUAUCAUUCAAUCCCAUCCCUGAAAAUGCAUUACCUGAGAAACCAUGCUUUUUACCAGGAAAUCCAGAGGAGUUGCUCCAAAAAGGAAAAUAUCAUGACGUUCCUUAUUUAGCUGGAGUCACAUCUGAUGAAGGCAUUCUAGAACUGUCUGGAAUCAUCAAGCAACCUCGACUGGUUGAAAUAAUCGCAAAUGACUUUGAACGUCUAGUCCCAAAAGACCUCUGUGAGCCUCUAGAAAAGUCACAAGAAAUUGCAGAGCAAAUCAAAGAUUUCUACUUUGAUGAGAAAAGUGUGUCUAUGGAAACUCUUCAAGAACUGUCAGAUGUGUACACAGAUAUGAAUUUUGUUCGUGGAAUCGAUAAAUAUAUGAAACUAUUAGCUGAAAAAUCCACCAGCCCCCUCUAUUAUUACAAAUUUUCAUUUGAUGGAGAGCUAGGAAUCUUCAAGAAAUUUAUUAAUGCUUCAUCUAUGAAAGGGGCAAGCCAUAUGGAUGACUUGGGAUAUCUCUUCAGAGUCGGACAGUUGGAUAUUGAUAUAAAACCAGAAUCAUUAGAAAGAAAUAUCAUUAGAAAAGUGGUCAAAAUGUGGACAAACUUUGCCAAAACUGGUAAUCCAACAUCAAAACUAGAUGAAGAUGUGAAUAUACAAUGGAUCCCAUAUACUUCUGAUAAUCGUGUGUAUUUGAAUAUUGAUAAAGAAUUAAAAAUGGAAAAGGAUAUGUUCAAGGAAAGACUGAAUUUUUGGGAAAAUAUAUACAAAUCAUACAAAAAUUUGACAAGUGAAAAGUAA